AUGAACCUCGGAUGGCUGGGAUGGGUUCUCAUGUGCUGCUACUUACUUACUCCCCGCCAUGAUUCGUUCUCAACUUGUCUGUCGCAGGGCAUGUCCCACCCCCUUGCGGAGGUCAAACACCCAUAUGCACGCCUGGAUCUUCGAAACAUCCAGGACAUCCCCUCCUUCCUCUCGAGUCACGCACCCUCGACUACUCCUCGAGCUCUACGAUGGAUAUCUUAUCUUGAUUCUUCAGCCUUCAGCCGUGGCGACUUGGCAGGCGUCGGUGUAGUUCGUGCACUGCCCGCCUCGAGGUCGGCUGUGAAUGAAGCUGCGACGUCGUGA